AUGUGGAAGUAUAUCGCAGGGUCUGUUGUAGCCGGCUCAGUUGCUUAUGGUUUAGUUAAAUAUUUUGCCGGAGGGGUUUGCCAUUGUACAGCGAGAUUGGAUGGUCAAGUUGUUGUAAUAACUGGUGCAAAUUCAGGCAUUGGCAAAGCUUUAGGGCUGGAAUUAGCUCAGCGAGGUGCUACUCUGGUUCUUGCUUGCAGAAGUAUUAAUAAAGGAUUAGAGGCCAAGAAAUACAUUCUUAAAUACUCAAAAAGUAAAAAUAUCAAAAUAUUUGUCAAGGAAUUAGAUCUUUGUAAAAUCUCGAGUAUUGUUAAAUUUGCAGAAACUUUGAAAACCGAAUUUACAGAGAUCUAUGCUUUAGUAAAUAACGCAGGAGUUUUUUAUCACCCUCAAGAUUUGACAGAAGAUGGAUUUGAAAUUACUCUUCAAACCAACUAUUUAGGUCCAUUUAUCUUGACACACCAUUUAUUGGACUUACUUAAAAGAUCAGUACAUGCGAGAAUAGUUAAUAUUUCUUCGGAAGCUCAUCGACUCGUCAAUGUGUAUGAUUUAAAUGCAGUGACUAAAUGUCAAACAGAAUUUAGAGACAAUUUUAUUGCCUACGGAGUAUCCAAAUUGGCGCUCAAUUUAUUUACUAAGGAAUUAUCACAAAAAUUAUUGAGUACCAACGUAAUAAUUAAUGCCGCAAAUCCUGGAAACGUUGAAACUUCAAUUUUCAGAAAUUUCCCCCGUUAAGUAACCCAUGGUUGUACGCUCUUCAGUGGCCAAUACGGAUAUUAGUCAUCAAAAACCCCAAACAAGGAGCGCAGACACCUCUUCAUCUUCUUUUAACGUCUAAUAGAACGACAGGGCAGUAUUUCAGUGAUUGUAAAUUGGCAUUACCUAGCCCAAUUGCGGCCAACGAUAAAACAGCUCAUGAAUAUUACGCUCUAACUUUGGAAAUUCUUGCUGAUAAGUUUAAUACGGAAUCUGAGUGUUAA